CAACCACGCGUCGACACCCUCGUGCAGAAUAAGACAUGGCUGUAGCAUGCCAGCAACAAAGCAUUAAGUGUGUUAGUCAUCAUGCACAUAAUCAAGCUGUCUAGAUCAUCUAACACAAAAAACUGAUCCCCAUGUGUGAGUUUGCCUCCGAUAAUUAAGACACUUUUGACAGGCCCAUAUACUCAUUCAUAGAUGUACGAAACGAUUAGGACAGCAGAGCGGCAAAAACUUGCCCUGAAGAUGGGCGACAACACUCUCAGGACUUGAACAUGACAAGAUUCCACCACCAAACUAUACCAUUCUUAAUUAGUCCUUGCUGCCAAUAAGUGGAACAUGACUAUGUGAUGAUUCAUCUCAAGGACAGCAGACACAAUAAAAAAUUGUAGUAAACAUGAGACGACUUUAGUGUUGUUAUUUCUAUGCGUCUGUCGGAUCUCAAGGCUGAGGUAAUAGCAUGAUUCUUCAUGUCUACUAAUCAGAUGCUGCAGCAUAGCUGCACACAUGUCUUCUGUAUAAAUAAGCGUCGGCAGAAUGGUAGAUACAUCAAACUAGAAGCUCUUCUUUCCUGCUCCUCUCUUCAACCGCUAUACGAAAAAAGCUUCAAGAUCAGACAUGGCUUUCCACCUCAGAUCGACAAGUCUGCCUUCUAGGCCUCAGGCCACCGAGACCGAAGUCAAAGAAGAGCUGCUGAGCCUAGAAGCAAGCGUCUCUUCCUCCAAUUCCAUCAGCACGAUGUGCGAUGGUCUCAGGAGUCUUGCAAACAUCUACGAUGGUCUUGAAGAGAUCAUUUGCCUACCAAGCCACCAAGCUUGCUCCUCCCAGCAGAGGGUGAUGUUGGAUGGAGAACUGGAAGCUUCUCUCGAGCUCCUAGAUCUCUGCGGCGCCAUGCAAGAGAUCUUCGUCGAGAUGAAGGCCAUCAUCCAAGAGCUACAAGUGGCUCUAAGGAAAGGGGAUGAUGCAGCUGCUCAAGCCAAGAUCCAGUCUUACACCCGUUUGGCGAAGAAGGCCAGGAACCAUUCCAAGAAGGCCACGAAGAAGGCUCCUACAGAUUGCAGGAUAGAAAUGCUAUUGGCCAAGGCCAGGGAGGUCUCUACCUCUCUCCUGGAGUCCACACUCCAUCUGGUGUCGAAGCAAAUCGAAAUGCCUAAACAGUCUCUUGUUUCCAAGGCAUUUCACAAGAAGAAGGCGGUUGUUUGUAAGGAGGAACAAUUGUCGGAAUUAGAGGCAGUAUCGGGGAUCUUGAGACUGGAGCAGGACAUCUGUUCAGGAAAUUAGUCCAGAGCAGAGUUUCUGUACUCAACAUCCUUAGCUUGUAGAUACUGCCAAGUCAUCCUUGGCGCCCUCCGAUCGGCAUCCGCCUUUUAAGGAAUAGCUGAUCUCAUACAACUAUGCUGUAUAAAUGUACAUGAUACUACAGAAAUAGAAAGUGAAACCAAAG